GAAAGAAUUGAAGUUUAAAACGUUUCCCAUUUAUUUAUAACAUGCUGUGCUGUAUGUAGAUGAUCCAUUAGGUGAACACUGGCUCAAACUGUACAUUACGGUCGCCUUGUUAUACUGUGAUGAGGUUGGAAAAUGCUGUAGUAUUUUGCUGAAGACUUGUCAAAGCUACUUGCUUGCUUAAGUGUUUUGGCACCGAUAUGCUGCAUGACCAAUUUUCUCAGAACGCGACUCAAAAAGAUCGUAUUUCAAUAACCGGGUGGAAGAAAAAGAACUACCAUGAAUCAGAGAAUGCUGGUCAAGUGUAUUGUCAUCACUGCACUUGUCAAGUGUCUGCUCAGCCGUGACCCUUACGAAAAUCUUCUGACGUAUGACACUACAUGUCUUGACACGGAUACAUGCUACACGGUCUCUAGUCAGGAGACCACAUACAGCGCCGCCUGGUUGGAUUGUCAUAACAACGGAGGCUUCCUAGCAAUGCCUAAAACACCCAUCGAGAUGCAAUUCAUACGCGAUAAUAUCCUUGGUACGGGAAAUCACGAACCCGUGUGGAUCGGACUGACGGACUUCAGCAAAGAAAUGUUUUUCAAAUGGAACGACCAGGAAGAUCUGUCCACAUCUACGUACUGGAAACUAAAUGAGCCUAAGGACAGCAAAGGGAAUGACGAAGACUGCGUGGAAAUCAAGACAGACGGAUUCAAUAACGCACAGUGCGAACGUAUUGCGAACCGACACAUAUGCCAGACCUAUCCACAAGAGUGUUUAGCUGGUGCCCCGUAUAUGUUCGGCGAUCGCUGCUAUCGACUGUAUACCGGCGCCUUCACCAUGAACGCUAUCACGUGUCCGGACAAUGGUCUUCUCGCCAUGCCGAAAUCCAACGACAUCAGCAUAUAUCUGGACAGCAUCAACCUGUAUGACGAGUAUAUAUGGAUUGGGCUGAAUUAUACCCAUACUCGCGGCUUUGUGUGGGCUGACGGGGGAGAUGCAACGGCGAAUCUUGCUUAUUUUAACAAAAAGUUCGUUGGAGGUUUACCUAAUACGACGAAUAUCUCGGCGCUCUUUGCCUACUUGACCCCGUCCGGCCGUUGGGACAUCGCGUAUGAAGGGACAGACAGAACCAUGUCAUUUAUUUGCGAGUUCCGCUUGCAAGCAGAUUGUGGCCCGUUGGUCUAUAGCUACGGUACUACCGCUGCCCACGACACCAAGGAAGGCGUCACAUACUCUGUCACAUGUGAGGAGGGUUUCGCGCCCGAAGUUGCAGAGACAAAGUGUAUGUCAAACGGUUCGUGGGUUCCACAACCAAAAUGUCUCAAAGGUAAAAGCCUCAAGUGUAUGUGAUGUAAACCUUUAGCCUGGGUCCAAAACUAAUACGU